AUGUUCUUUCCUGCACCUCUAUACUUGCCUUUCGACAUGGACGCCGACAUUACCCCUAUUCCCCGCUCACGGGAGGAGAAUCAGGAGAGAGCCUUUAUCGCUGCAUCGCGGCGAAAAGAUCGCAGUCUGGAUGCACGGCUAGAAUCGGCCAACAGGGCCUCUAUGCUGCACAAGAAGCGUACAGGCAAGGGCUUUCACAUCACCAAGGAGAUUGUCGAGAGAGAAGCCAUGUAUGAAGAGGUCGACGAGCGCUAUGCAGAGAAGCGUAUCCGUAUGCUGCAAGCCCAGAACAUGCAGAUCGAACAACAGUUCCACCGCCAUCUGAUCGCAGCCUUUGGUCGUACUCCCAAUGGGUCAAUCGCCAAUCGACGAGCGAGCACUUAUACUCCCCGCCCAUCCGCAGAUGGCGGCCCCCGCAAAAUGAGCCUAGACCUGAGCAACAUCCGCUCGUCCUUCUCGCAAAAUUCAAGCUCCAUGGCCAGUCCCAUGGCAACAAGUGAUGGUUACAUCCUCUCACCAACAGCAUCCUUCGACAACAGCGCCAACUCCUACAUGGCCUGCAUGCCCGGCUCGGAGGCCCCAUACUCUGUGGCUCCCUCAGGCCCCAACUCCGCCCAAAUCCCGGAGUACGUGAACCAGCAAGCCACCACCCCAGCAUGGAACACUCAAAUGCCAAACUGGGCCAUGCAACAGCAAGUCCCCACCCCAGGCCAAACCCCCACAGACCAAGUGCAAAUGUGGCAGCAAAGCAUGAUGCAGCAAACAGUGCCAGACAUCCAAAUGCAGCGCCAAUUCAGAGACCGACUAGCCUCCGCGCCCGAAUUGCCUCUGCACCAAGCUCCGCGGGUCGCGCCCUCGGCGUCGAUCUCUGGCCCCACCCCAAGUGCCGGUGCCCACGGCCACGGCCCAACCCUGGGCCACUCGCGCGGCCAGUCACAGCCCAGCAAUAACUUCCACAACCUCCACCUCCUCACCCAAAGUACGCACCUGGCCAUACCAGCGUCGAGCGCCAGCUCCCCGAGGAUCGAGGCCCUCUCUGCAGAGACACAUUCUACUCCUGAUUUCUGUCCUACCCCUCACAGCCCCAUGUCGCCGACUGCUGUUACUACUCAGAUGACGAUGCCAUCCAUGCCUGCCCCUGUCAAGAUGGAUGGAGAUGGAAACAGCGAUGGUAUUAUGGUUUCUAAUGAGGGCAUGGACGCGGAUUAUUCGGACUUCAGUCAAUUUGCGCUACACUUGGGGAACUCGAAUGUGCCGCUUUCUGAUCGCGAGCCCUUUGGUUUUGACGAUUUUAUCGCUGUUGACGAGUUUACCAGCGUUUCUUGUUGA